AUGGACUGCGUUCGUGGGGCACGUUGGAUUCGUAUGAUGCUGGAGGGUGUCGCACGUGGGAGAGUUGUAGAAUUGUGGAGCUUCUUUAAAACGUUGUUGAGUGGAGGUGGUGGUGGUGGUGGUGGUUUGCGUGGAGAAGACGACUAUGGUACAUUGGAAUGUGAAGAAGAAGAGGAAGAAAAAGAAAGAUGUGGUGAAAAGUCAAAUGGCCACCGACACAUGAUGGCUGGCUCUCACGGCCGAAGACGGUCGAAAAAGUCAUCAUCUGCUGAAAGGGACAUAAUUCAGUUUUUAGCUUAG